UUAAAAUAAAAAAACAAGAAGAGGCCCUUCAAUAUUCCUUGAUAUCAUUGUAUUUACAGAAUUCAGUUUUCUUUGAAAAGAGCGCUUUUGCUCGAGUCGAAACUUGUUUUUCCACAAUAUCUUAGUUCUUUUAAGAACAAAAACUUUUUCAAAUUUUGUCAGUUUUACUUUUGUUUUCCGGUGAAACAACUUGUUCUUCCACCUGUUUCCUAUUCCAAGAUUCAUAUUCAUAUUGAUGUUAUUUGUUUAAAAUGGAGCAACACAAUGAUAAUUCUAAUAAAACAACAUUCAAAGUAAAGUUUUUAGGUGAAUAUCAUGAUGUAGUCAUUGAUUGGAAUGAUGAUAAAUAUGAAUACAAACAUCAACAAAUAUUCGAACAGCUUGAAUCAUUGACUGGAAUACCAAUCAAAUAUAAAACAUCAUUCAUGCUGCGCGAAACUCGACCUCAUCUUCAUAAGGAUUAUCCAAAUGCUGAAAUCUGGUUCCGAUACGGUGAACAAGUCCCUCAACGUCAACUGUACUUUUUCAACAAUAGACACUCUCCUUUCAAUGAUAUUAGGCUCUAUUGUGAUUUUGUGAAGGACAACAUCCAUGAUGUAUGCAUUCAAGAUGGCGAACGCUUUCAGCUUAGAUUUCAUGUUCGUUAUGACAGUAUGUCUUUGAAACGCAUUGGUAUUGAUUAUGAUUUGGUACCUGAGACCUGGGUUGAAGAAGGAGUAUGCACUGAUGCGUUUUGUCAGCAUACACAAACUAAAAGUUAUUUUAAAAGGAUCAAAGACCUUGUUACUAAUGAUGGAUUGAAUUCACAAAUUUCACAUCGUAUCCAACCAUUACAGGAAAACAUGCGACAAAACGCCGAUAUACAUUGGUUUAUGGAAAUGGAAAAGAUUUACAGAGAGUUCAAUGUUCAACAAUGUUUAAGGUUUUAUUGCCAUCUAAUUAAUUGGCACGCAAGAAUUUAUGACGAAGAUGGUGUUGUAAUAAUAAACAUAGAACAAUAUCUAAGAAUGCGUGGCUGAUUACUUCAAUUGAAUGAAUAAACCUGAAAAAUCAUGCAUCUGAACUUGUUUGAAAAUUACCUUUAUUUCUUAGACGAGUCAUUUAAAGUAAAAGUCAAAUUAUAAACAGGGAAAGGUAUUAGCAGGUGGAGGUCAAGUUUGAAACAAUAACUGAAUACGAUAUCAAGGAAUAAAUAUCGAUAGUUUUGUCUCAACUUUUAUCAUUUUAUUUAUUCAUUUUUUUAAGUACAUUGAAGGGCUCUUCUUGUUGGUCCAAUCAGCCGCGUGUCCUCAAGUAAAGGCAUAUCUCAUCGUCUGACUGUCGCCAAAACCUUUCACGACACAUAAGCAAGAAAUAUUGUAAGACAUUAAAUUGUCUAAAAACCUUAUCCCGUUCGAUAAAUAUGUGUGGUUGGUCAAGAGACAUAAAUUUUGCCCUCAAUAGAUCAUUAUUGAUAAUAUCCUUCACCUUGUUGAAAACAGUUUUAGUAUUUUUAAAUCGACAGAAAUAAAAACAGCAUUCUCCUUGUGGCACCGAACUUUCAGCUACUAGGUAAUAAAAAAUUAAAAGGUUAUCCGAGUUUAAAUUUAAGAUUAUAUUCAAUGUGCGGUUAUAUUCGUUAAGAAAUAAACCAUUGCGAAUUAGAUAAAGGACACUUGGCCUUUCAUCUUUCAUUAUCAGUUUUUUAUUAUUAUUAUAACUAUUAUUAUAUAUAAAAAAUUAUAUUAUCUAUUAAUCAUGAAGCAUUGCUUGUCAUCUGCGUCUUUAUUGUAAUAAAAAAACAAGAAGAGGCCCUUCAAUAUUCCUUGAUAUCAUUGAAUUUACAGAAUUCAGUUUUCUUUGAAAAGAGCGCUUUUGUUCGAGUAAAAACUUGUUUUUCACAAUAUCUUAAUUCUUUUAAGAACAAAAACUUUUUCAAAUUUUGUCAGUUUUACUUUUGUUUUCCGGUGAAACAACUUGUUCUUCCACCUGUUUCCUAUUCCAAGAUUCAUAAACAUAUUGAUAUUAUAUGCGUUAAAAUGGAGCAACACAAUGAUAAUUCUGUUAAAACAACAUUCAAAGUAAAGUUUUUAGGUGAAUAUCAUGACAUAGUUAUUGAUUGGAAUGAUGAUAAAUAUGAAUACAAACAACAACAAAUAUUCGAGCAGCUUGAAUCGUUGACUGGAAUACCAAUCAAAUAUAAAAAAUCAUUCAUUCUGUAUGAAACUCGACCUCAUCUUCAUAAGGAUUAUCCAAAUGAUGAAAUCUGGUUCCGACUCGGUGACCAAAUUCAUCGACGUCGACUGAGCUUUCUCAACAAUAGACACUCUCCUUUCAAUGAUUUUAGGUUCCAUUGUGACUUUGAAAAGGACAACAUCCAUGAUGUAUGCAUUCUUGACGGCGAACGAUUUCAGCUCAGCUUUCAAAUUCGUUAUGACAGUAUGUCUUUGAAACGCAUUGGUAUUUCUUAUGAUUUGGUACCUGAGACCUGGGUUGAAGAAGGAGUAUGCAGUCGCAUGUUUUGUCAGCACACACAAACUAAAAGUUAUUUUAACAGGAUCAAAGAACUUGUUACUAAUGAUGGAUUGAAUUCACAAAUUUCACAUCGUAUCCAACCGAUAGAGGAAAUCGUGCGACAUAACGGUGAUAUACAUUUGUUUAUGGAAAUGGGAAAGAUUUACAGAGAGUUCAAUGUUCAACAAUUUUUUAAGAAUUAUUGCCAUUUAAAUAAUUGGCAGAGUUUUGGUGACGAAGAUGGUAUUGUAACAAUAAACCACGAACAAUAUCUAAGAAUUCGUGGCUGAUUACUUCAAUUGAAUGAAUAAACCUGAAAAAUCAUGCAUCUAAA